GUAAAGCAGAGUGUUUUUUUAUAUACAUAUAUUUUAUUGUUGAUAAGGUGAAGCGGAGUUGUGAAGAGCCACGUUCAUUAAGGCAUACUUACUGCUGGCAGUGCAAAAACGACAGUUUUACAAACCUGCCCUUCGUUGGAAGGGGCCUGUAGCCUUCGUACAUGGAUGGGCUGCAGAGUGUAGGAACCCCUGAAAUGGACUGGGAAAUCGCGUGUGCAUGCCCCUAAGUGCAUUUUCUGGAGAGAGAGUUUAUAGCUUCAUUAUAUCCUCAAGACCCCCACGACCCAAAACGGUUAAGAGCCACUGCUGUGGGUUCAGUAAGGACACAACUACCUGCCCACCAGUGUCUGUCUUCCCAGGGGCCUUGCACUAGAGUUCUUAUUUACAUCGACAAGCUUACUUCAGACACAUUUAGAAAUCAGUCUCAAACGUACUUGUCCUAAAGCGAGGUUACUGUUACAUAGUUGGCCAGUCACAGUUCAAAAGUCAGCCCCCCGGCUCUGGCUGGGUAGCUCAGUAGAUUUGAGCAUCAUCCCCAUAUACCAAAGCCGAGGUUCGAUCUGGGUCUGGGCAAAUACAAGAAACAACCAAUGAAUGCAUAAAUAAGUGGAACAGCAAAUCAAUGUUUCUCUCUCUCUCUUUCUCUCUCAAAUCAACAAUAAUAAAAAACCCAUCCACCCCAAGGUUUUCCAACGAGUUACCAGCAUAUAGGGAAUCAAGGGAGGUGGGUGGAGGAAGGGGAGUAGAGAGAAUAAUGACAUUCUAUUUACAGUAUGUAUUGGGUACCUCCUAGGUUCUGGUGUGGGAAAAUAAAAUACCAAGAUGACUAAAGACCUUGCUUUUAAGAUGUUUCAGUGGAACACGGUGGAAAGAACAUGGGAUGCAGAUUAGACAUUGGUUCAAAUUCUGGUCCCUCUCCAUUAGGUGUAGAAGAGUGAUUUAACUCUCUGAUCCCCUCUAUUCCUAUCUGCAAAGAAGAAAGGGGAGGGGUGGGAGAGGCCUAAAAAUACCUCUUGUAGGGUUGUGAGGAAUAGAUUUUAUGAAUGUAAAGUGCCAGCAUAUCAGGAGCUGAAUAAAGGGUAGAUGUUCUUGCAGUGGAAGAGCCAAGCGGUGGAGGAAAAAGUUGAGAUAGGAUGUGAGGUGCUGGACAUGAACCCCCGUGGGAAUGAGCAGGCCUCAGCCUUCCACAGGGAGGGCUACUGGGAGAACCUGUUGGUGGUAUUAAACCUUCAACCUACAGCUUUGAAAUUCUAUACCUGAGGCUGGGGUGACUGGAGAAACCAAGCCUCACGGGAGAUUUUUGUUUUCUUUUUCUAUAAAGCAAAUUGUGUGACCCUUCAGUCCUCAGGCUGAUGCUCUGACCCCUGAGCAACUGGCCAGGGCGGCUGUCUGGUUUUUGAGGCUACUCGUCUAUUGUAUCAAAACCUUUAAUUGUUGGAAAAAUCCUUUCUCAUACUGAGUUGAAAUUUGCCCCAUCUAACUUCUACCCCUUGGUCCUUGAGCUAUCCUCUUAAGAAAUAGCAACUGAAUCUAUUCCCACACGGUACCCCUUUAAAUACUUGAAGCUACUGUGGUCCCAGUUAUGCCUUUUUUCUCCUUUCCAAGUCCACAAAUCCUUUCUUGCGUCUCAAUGAACAUAGUCCUGUGCUGUGCUAAUCGCCUUCCCUCACGGAGGAGCGUCAGCUGGCAGGUCCCGUGGAGAGUGGCACUCAGCCUGGGACCCCGAGCUUCAGUGUGGUCUGACCCGAUCGAUAGGCAGCAGUGGGGCUACUUACUGCCUUUCUCUGAAUCUGGAUGCUAUGCUGCUGUUUGCUUCUAUGGAUAUGCCCCAAAAUUCCCUCAGUCUUUGAUCAUUUAACGAAAAUGGCCUUUAAAAACAUAUUUGAGAUUAUCUAAGAUGUUUGGUAGUACCCAUCUUGGUAUUUGUAUCAGUGCUUCAUUUCAUUGAAGACUUGCUUUUAUGUUAAUUUAAGCCUGUCUUAAAAAAAAAAACAACCCACCCAAUUUUAAUAUAGUAUAACUUCAUUAAGAUUUGUGAACUGCUUUUUGAUAAUAUCUUAUACUGCUGUUUGGAUAAUUUAAUUGGCUGUAUAUUCCAAUUAGCAUACAUAAUCAAAUCAAUAUCUUUUUAGAUCCAUAUGUCAAACUUCUACUUGAUGCCAUGAAACGCUCUGGUUGUGCCGUUAACAGAGAAAGACACUUUUCUUGUGAAGACUGUAAUGGGAAUGUCAGUGGAGGCUUUGAUGCGUCAGUGUCUCAGAUUGUUUUGUGCCAGAAUAAUAUCCGUAAUCAGGCCCAUAUGAACAGAGUGGUCACCCACGAGCUCAUUCAUACAUUUGAUCAUUGUCGUGCUCAUGUCGACUGGUUCACCAAUGUCAGACAUUUGGCCUGCUCAGAGAUUCGAGCUGCUAACCUCAGUGGAGACUGCUCACUUGUGAAUGAAAUAUUCAGGCUACGUUUUGGAUUAAAACAACACCAUCAGACUUGUGUCAGAGACAGAGCCAUUCUUUCUAUCCUGGCUGUUAGGAAUGUCAGCAAAGAAGUAGCUGAAAAGGCUGUUGAUGAAGUUUUUGAAUCUUGUUUCAAUGACCAUGAACCUUUUGGAAGAAUCCCACAUAACAAGACAUAUGCAAAAUAUGCUCACAGAGACUUUCAAAACCGUCAUCGGUAUUACUCAAAUAUAUGAAGGCAAUGACAUUUUAUAUUACAGAGCCUCAGUGAUCAUGAAGAAAAUAUGGUUCUCAGGUGCACAAAUGUAUAAAACAUAAAUGAUCAAUUAAAUACAGAUAAGACAGAAGAUGCUGAUCCUAGUAUAUUAUCAGAAAAUGUAACUCUGGUGAAAAAUGAAACUGCCUUAAACUUCAAGGCAAAAUUAUAUCUGUAUAGCUAACCAUUUGGUGAAUAAGGAAAAUCAAUUACAUUUUUGUAUUUUCUACAUUGUA